GUGAAUUUCGGGAGAGUUAUCUCCCUUGGACCGUGGACCGCGCCGACACGAGAUCUCGUGAGCUACGUGAUAUCAUCGCUGUGACGCGUUGGCGCGGUCUCUUUUACUUCUUGAUAUCGAACCAGCAACACAAAAACAAGAUGUCGACCAAGUAUAAGUUAAAUAAAACACGAAUGGAGAGAAGAAACACAACUACGAUGAUGUUUGAUGAAGUUGCAUUGAAACAUGGUGGAAUGUUAGCAACUAAUGGGCACUCCCUCUACAAAAGCCGGGACGUGAUUAUGGACUGCUUAGAUCAUAUACUUGAUCGUACGCCCACCUCACACUACCCAAUAACAAUUGCUGAUGUCGGGACAGCUGAUGGAUCUACAUCAGUGGCGCUUCUAAAUGAAAUUAUUGAAAGAAUCCAAUCUCACACUGGCAAAUCUCGUCAGAUUAUGAUUCACUACACAGAUCAACCGACGAAUGAUUUCAACAGAAUGCUCAAUGUCAUAAACGAUCAAGCCGGUCUUAACCUUGGCCCCGAUGUUUUCUGUUCUGCUGUUGGACGAACGAUGUUCGAGCAGUGUUUACCAGAUGCAUCAACUGAUCUGAUCUUUUCAGCUAUUGCAGCGUUUAAUUUGUCAAAAAGCCCUUGUCAGCUGCAAGAUGGCCUUAACCCAACCGAGGCAAAUUCACAAGAAAUAGACGCCUACAAUUCCCAGGCAGCCUCAGACUGGAAAACCUUUUUGAUAAUGCGGGGACGGGAGCUUCGCCCAGGAGGAUACAUGGUGGUACUUAAUAUUGGAACCACGAAACAAGGAGAGGUGACAGUGAAUAUAAAAGGUGGAAUGAAUACUAUGUCGCAUGUAUUACGCAAUUUGCUGGAAGAUGACCUAAUUUCUAAGGAGGAGUUCCUAAACUGUAAUGUUAAAGCUGCAUACUACAGAACAGAGGAGGACUUUGCUUUGCCGUUCAAAGACAACGACAAGGACAUAGAAGAAACGGGUUUGGAACUGGUUUCUACGCGAUCAUUCGUUAGCAAACUGGACCAUCCUUCCUUCGAUGUAUCCAACAAAGAUGAUGCCACCAAAAAGAUGUACGCAGAGAGAAUUGUUGCUGGAAUCAAGCCAUGGCUGUUUGGUGAUAUCUAUAACGGGUUAUCAUGCAAGAGAUCACAACAGGAAAGAGAAAGCCUGGUUGAAAUAUAUUUCUCGAGGUUGUGGGAUUUUGCUUACAAGAACGACGACCAAACUCCACAAUUGGGCUUAAUAGAAGUCGUCGCUAGGAAACGUGUAUGAGACAGCAUAUGACGACAUGGACGGGAUACAUUUACAAACAAACUCCAUUAUAUACGUCUUGGUUAAAUAUGUUUCUAACACUAGCAUUUUUUUUAACACUGAUCAGUAAUAUAGAUUGGAUUUAUAAAUCAACACGGAUGAGUGCAUUUAUCAUAGACACUCUUGUUUAAGUAUGAGAGUUACGUAACACUUUCUUGCAUUAUAUCAUCCUAUGUAAACCAUAAUAUCUAGAAAGCAUUCAUCGUUUAUUUGUAAGCAACCGGUAGAGUAUAUGGCGAUGAAGAGAAAUGCAUGAUGUAUUAUUAAAAGUUUUUUUCCGAUGUG